AUGGAGCCAGGAGCCUGGCGCCUCCCGCGGCUCCCGCUUCCCGCCUCACCACAUGCUCGAGGGGACGGUCCCCAGUGCCACCAACAGCCUCCAGAACGGAGCCCUGCCCCCUGUGACAGGAACUGCGCCUGGAGCUGCCACCAAGGGUGCCACUCGGUAGAUCUGGUGGACGUGGACGGCGGGGACGGCGAUGACUCUGUGCUGCCCACGGCGCGAGGGCCAGCAGCCCCGCAGGGCGGCCUCCACGGCACGGGCCGGAGCUCCGUCCAUGAGGGACAGUGUCCCCGACGGCCGCGUUUAACUCUCCUCAUGCCUCCCAGAUCGACAGGAGCGGAGGUGCGCCUUCUCCCAGCCACAGAGCCCCCAGCCACACAGAGCCCCCAGCCGGGCAGAGCCCCCAGCCAGCCAGACAGAGCCCCCAGCCGGGCAGAGCCCUCAGCCAGCCAGCCAGAGCCCCCGGCUGGGCAGAGCCCCCAGCCGGACAGAGCCCCCAGCCAGACAGACAGAGCCUCCGGCUGGGCAGAGCCCCCAGCCAGCCAGCCAGAGCCCCCAGCCGGAGAGAGCCCCCAGCCGGACAGAGCCCCCAGGCGGGCAGAGCCCCCAGCCGGGCAGAGCCCCCAGCCGGGCAGAGCCCCCAGUCGGGCAGAGCCCCCAGCCGGACAGAGCCCCCAGCUGGACAGAGCCCCCAGCUGGGCAGAGCCCCUAGCUGGACAGAGCUCCCAGACAGAGCCCCCAGCCGGACAGAGCCCCCAGCCAGACAGAGCCCCCAGCCAGGCAGAGCCCCCAGCCGGACAGAGCUCCAGCCAGGCAGAGCCCCCAGCAGGACAGAGCUCCCAGACAGAACCCCCAGCCAGACAGAGCCCCAAGCCGGACAGAGCCCCCAGCCAGACAGAGCCCCCAGCCAGGCAGAGCCCCCAGCCGGACAGAGCUCCCAAACAGAGCCCCUAA